CUACAGAGAAGAAUCAUGGUUAAUAAUAGCGGGCUAGUGAGGGGCUCUGAGCUCAUUCCCAAAUUCCCAAAUUAGAACACUCCCAGAACAAAACUCGCCCUUAAUGCUGCUCCGCCUUGGAUUCGGAGCGAAUCUGCUGAGAAGUAUGUCGCAGGAGCCGCAGAUUGUGAAGAAGAAACGGCCGCCGAUGAAAGAGGAAGAUAUCAAGGGAGCUCGGAACAAACUGACCAGCAAACACACAGUCAAGUCCAAAACCUACCAGGUUAUGAAACAAUGUGAACAGGAAGGUUUGGUCGCUCCUUCUGUCUUCAGCGCUGCAAGAACAGGACAAGAGACCGUGUUCACAAAGGGCACCGAGGAUCAACCAAAAAGCAUUUUCCAGAAAUGAUGAAAAUUCAGCAUUGCAGCUAGAAGUUCUGGCCGAGUUGUAACAAACAGCUUCAUUUACAGAGGAACUGUUAAAUGCUUAAUCCUAAAGUGUUGCUCGUUUAUGAGGAUAUGCAAUUUAUUUUUUAUGAUUAAAACAAAGCUGCAAUAAUCCUGACCCCACCCAGAUAUAUUCAGUUACAAUUCUGGAUCAGACUGAUGCGUUAUUACACAACGAUUCAGGACUUUGAAUAAAUAGCCCUGCGGACUUAUGA